GUUUUCCACGCAGUGCUGUCCUUUCGGCGCACAGAUAAACCUGGAUUUGAGCUAAAGUAAGUUUCCACUACCAUUGGAAUGUAGGCCUUAUGUGCAAACAGAAAGCAAUACAUUAAUUACAUUUGAUAUAAGUACCGUUUACAGAUAAGGUAAAAUAUGCAACUGAGAAAAUGGAGUCAUAUGACGAAGACAUCUCAGAGAAUAAAUUCUAUCAAACUCUUCAGAACAAGUACAAACAUUUGUAUGAUAGAGCGGCUGAAUCAAGAUGGAUGAUAUGUGUUCCGAGGUCCGGUGUAUUUUCAAGGUAUUCGCUGACGGUCACUGAUUAUGAAAAUCAUAUCUUGAGGCCAUCAACACUUGGAAAGGAAAACACUUUUGUCAGUGCCAGUGGAAAAACUGUGAAUUUUUCAAGUGACCACAUUCAAACAAGUUGUGGAUUUAAAGAAGAAAGAAAGGUGAAGGUAUUGUUUGAAGAGACAUACUUCAAUAGUCGUGAUGAAAGUUUCAAGGUUCUGUGUAUUGAUAGGCUUUUGGAAGGUGGAACAGAUGCAGUUGAAGACCCUAUCACAACAAAUCUUGAAAACUAUGAGGACUGUGCUGAAUAUCUGUGGGGAAAUAAAUAUAGUAAGGCAUGUGAAAAACAAGUGAAUGAUUUGCUACAUAACUACCAGCCAGUUCAGCACUCCACUAACUUGCGGCACAUCAUCGAUGAGACGAAUACAAUAUUCGCAAAAGCAAUGAGGAUUGCGCUCAGAGACCCUGUACUGAGAAAAACUGUUAAGCAAGAUAAAGCAUACCUGGAUCUGCUUAAAGUUGCUAUGGAAACCUAUGUGAUGCAUGGUGUGUAUAAGAAGGUAUUUAAAGUGCUAAGCAGCCUAUUAGCAAAUGAUGAUGCUGCUCUUAAUAAAACUACACGAAACUUGUCCGAACUGCAAGUCAGACAUUUAGGAAUUCGUAGCGAGUUUACGAUGAAUGUUCCACGUGCUCGUAGAGAGCUAGCCAACUUAAAUCAAUGUUGGACACCUCUUGAGAAGCUUCAUUGCCUGAGGAAAACGGUAAUGGGCCUAAGUCAGCAGAAUAUGAAGACUAAAUCAAGUCAGUCAGAAUCGUCUGUUGUUCUGUCUUCUGAUGAUUUACUUCCAAUUUUAGUGUUUUUAGUCGUCAAAUCUGAAGUACCUAACUGGCUUACAAAUUUGGCUUAUUUGCAUAAUUUUAGGUUUUCGAGUAUUCACAAUGAUGAAUUUGGAUUUUACUUAGCUUCUGUAGAGGCUGCAGUAGAACAUGUAAGGUCUGGUGACAUGGAUGGCCUGCCCAUUGGACCUGCUAGUACUGCAUCCUUGUCUAUUUUUAGCAUGAGUCCCACUAACGGUUCAAUAUGGCCUAGGACAGACUCUUCCGAUGAUACAGAUACCCCUUCAAUAGAACUGUUGUUCGAGGAAAUAAGACAAGGUAAUUUGGAGAGUGUGGAAAAGUUACUAAACAAGGGAUCUAACGAUUAUAGCCAAAUCAUGGAGGAAAUGUGUCAUCCGCUUUGUGGAUGCGAUCGAUGCGAGAAACUGAUUACAAGUAAGAGGAAUGACCCCAAGGCAGUGACAGCCUUUUCCAGGGAUGAUAGGGGAUGUACAGCAUUGCAUAUAGCUUCUUCAUAUGGACAUGAUCAGGUAAUGGAAACAUUAAUGAGGAAGGGUGCCGUAGUGAGUGCCACUGACUAUCAUGGUUCAACUCCUCUACAUCUAGCUUGCCAAAAAGGGCAGCAGGGGGCCACGUUGUUGCUUCUUCAUCAUGGAGCUGACAUUAAUGCUGAUGACAAUGAUGGAAACACUGCCCUCCAUUUGUGUUGCGCAAAUGGACAUGAGGAGUGUGUGAAGGCCAUCUUGUACUCUGAACAAGCUGUUAAUAAAGUUGAGGUAAAUUUUCCCAAUUGCCGAGGCAAUACACCUUUGCAUGAAGCUGCUAGAUGGGGAUAUGAAACUAUCGUUCAAAUUUUGCUGGAGCAUGGCGCUUCAGUUGAAGCCCGCAACCGCCGAAAAGAAACCCCACUGAUGCGUUCUCUAAAUGUAAAUGUUUCCAAACUUCUGCAGAGGGCAGCAGACAUUGUCCGGGAUGGUCAGGAUUACUUGUUGAUGAUGUCUUCAAGCCCUGAUAGUCAUCAAUCAAUUAGCAAUGAAAACAAAUCCUUAACCACACCACUUCGGAGGAGGCAAGGCGGAAUGAAAAUAUCACCACAACAAAGAGCUAGAGAGGUGGAAAAACUGCUUCGAGCUGCAGCUGAUGGUGACAUCCAGAUGAUCCGACAUCACCUGGGCUGGGAGAGUGACAGCGAUGACAGUGACAUUGAUAAUAUUACUCCCAACCUGCAACUCUGUCACCCUCUUUGUGUAUGUCACAAAUGUUCAGCUCUGCAGAAGAGAACAUCCUAUGGUGUAGGCGAUAUUACAGUUAAUACAAGUAACGCUGAUGGUUUUACGCCCCUACACGUCAGCGCUCUACAUGGUCAUGACAGCCUGGUAGCAUUGUUGUUGCGCAGAGGGGCGAAUCCAAAUGUUCGCAACAGCUCUCAUCUCCAAAUUACCCCACUACACAUAGCAUGCAAGGAAGAUCGACCUAAGGUUGUCCAGCUGCUGUUAAAUCACGGAGCUAAAUGCAACAGCAAAGAUGCAAGAGGAAACAGCCCAUUGCACUACUGUUGCCUGGCAGGUCAUUUAAUGUGCUCUACUAUUCUCAUUGAGCAUGGUGCUAAUGUUAAACAAGCCAACGCCAGAGGCAAUGUACCCCUACACGAGGCGGCCAGAAACAACUAUGUCGAGCUGGUUAAGGUACUUGCAAAUAAAUCUCCAGCAACAGUUCUGUGUAGAAAUAAGGCACAGUUGACUCCCAUUCAACUGUCUCAGAACAGCGAAGUUACAACGAUUCUGAAGAAAGCCAGUGAAAGCUACCAAGAAGCGCAAGUAAUGUCACAUGUCACUAGUCGACCAACCACCUUAGUCCCAGGUUCUCCUGUUAAGAAGGUAAGCAUGUCUCAACUGUUCCAAGCCUUCAACGACGCAGAUCUCCGGCAACACGAAGCACUGAAACACAGUCUGGAGACGUUCAACAAGCGAAAACAACUCAAGCGUAUCAAAUCAGUCGACAGAAGCGCCCCAGUGCUUGAUCUUAACCUCAAGCAUCAGUUGAGUAUAAAGCAUUUUGACCGUCGUCGUCUAAGGCAUAUCGAACUUGAGGAGAGCACAAUGAAUUUGGUUCCAGAAGAGGAGACGCUGCAGAUCUGUAGUGAAGAGAAUAGUAGCAGCAAUGAAACUGGUGAAAAACAAACUGUUAUCGUUAAUGACAAUUAUUCCUCUCCUGAAUCAUGCCACGAUAUUCAACAGUUAAAUAUAAAAAGAAUUGUGAACAAAACAAAGGCUAUUACACAAGUACAGCAUGCACCACCGAUUAAUAAUAAAAAUCUUUCUGAUAGCGUUUCAGAAGUUGAAACAAUUGCCGAGAAAAAACAAAAGAUAUCAGAUGAAUCUGAUUUACUGAACUCAUUAGAUGAUCAGAAAACAUUGGACAAUGACACGAGAGAAGUUGAAAGAAGUGAUGAGUUUUUUGUAAUUCGAAGCCCAUUUGAAGAUAAUCUCUCAGAGGAAAGAAAUCUAGAAGAUAACACGAAACAUGUCGCAACAGAAAGUGCGAUUGUGGAAAGUGCAGAGAAAGCCUUGCAAAAUAAAGGGAGGAAAGACGAGAGAAUAGAAGAGGAUGAGACAGACAUAGAGGAAAAAGAAACUCAUCCCCAAGAGAUGGUUGAUCUUUCCAGUAGUAUACAUUCCGAAUCGUCACCAUUCACUUGCACGCACAGGCGUGGCCAAUCAAACGUUUCCAUUGAAGAUAUGGUGACGUUGACGUUAGAUAUGCGCGACAACUACUUCCAAAUUGAGAGCGAUGACGAUAUAUCAGAAGAGAAACGUAAUUGGGACAAAGACAGGCAGACUUCAGUCUCGAAUGAGUUUAUUCAUUCAGGCGCUGAUUCGCAGCGACUUGAUAGCCCAUUGACGGACUCGGACGUCGAUAAUCUAGUAUCAGAGGAUUGAAGAAGACUUAAAAUAGUCAAUUUGUAUUUAACCUGUUUCGAAUAUGCAAUUAUACUGGCGAUUAUGCAGCUUACUGGAAGUUGGCCAUGGUGCUUAAACUAAAUCGUACUACUCAAAUAAUUAGUCUAAUUCUUAUUAUUAUCUGGCUACGGAAUUAAGAAUAGGACUCGCCUUCACCUAAUUAGGCCUAUAUCAAUUUUCUAACAUUCAUUCCAUACUAAUUUUUUUUUUGUAAUUUAAUAUAUAUACAAAAAAAUUUAAAUAAAUUAAACAUAAACCAAACUACUAUAUUAUUACUUAUUAUUAAGUAUGUAUUAAUUCCAGCAAUGUUUUUUCAGUUAAAAUAAAUAAUCUUAAUCUAUAUAGUACGCUAAUUUUAUUAUUCAUAGUAUGUUCAUUGGAAGCACUUGUUCUUAUUAGUGUACACUGCCAUGUUUAGUUCUCUAAAGCCCUGACGAGACUCUCAAAUUUCAUUUGACCAUAUAUAGGCACAUGUUGACUAUGAGCAUACAGCAGUUUUUUUGUCAAAGAAUAUUUGAUAGUGUUGAAAGUUUUGCAGCUUGAUCUGUAUUCUGUAAAUUCUUGUCAAUGUUCAUAAUUAUUAAUUUCAAAUUCUCUAUUCUUUUCUGUACUCUUUGCUAUUCUUUUCUGUACUCUUUUUUUUUAUGUCUUCUACAUAUGACUUUUCUCAGCUUUCCAUAUGCCUAUUAAUAAUUAAAGAUUAUUAUUGUUAUUAUGUUUUAAUGAAAUUUUACAACAUUAUGGUCGCAGUUUAUUAUAUUGCGAAAAAAUGACAGUCAACAAGGCCUCUGUAUGUAGCCACUUUAAUUCUUUGCAGCUGUUACCAGUGUUUGUAAGGUGAGGCUUUUUUUAUACCUUGUUAAGCAAACCAGCUUUUCACCAAUAACGAUGGUUUCGAAUAAAAAGAAAAUUUUUAUUUUUGACCAAUUAGCACACCCACCGGCACUAAAAAUGGAAAUUUCAGUCUUAUCUUUAUUUUUAUUACGCCCGCCACUACCUUGAAAUUUCCAAAAAUAAGAUGUAUAUUUCUUCCUAAUUGUAUACAUUUAUAGCAUUUAACCAUUUCAUUAUUGCAUUGUUUACAUUCACCAAUAAAAUUUUUAUUUUCUCCUCCGUCUGGAUGUUUUUGGCAAAACUACCUGUUAAAUAUGAAAAAAUGCAAUUUUAUUUUAAUUUUUUUUUUCGCUCUCCUCUGACGAUCUUUGAAAAAGUAAGUUCGCGAAACAGGUAUACAAAAAUGUCUCGCCUAAAGGUAAGAUAACGGUAAUGAGGUGGGAGCCCGUCGUACUAAGCCUCGGUAUUGUGUGGUAGGGUGACCAGUUCUUUUCCACCUUUUUAACUUCGCCUAGUAUAUUUCAACCAGGUAACCAUUUAUACUCUUGGUUGGAGAGAGACAAACGCAUGUAAAGUGGUUUGGCUAAGAAAGGUAAAAUGCACAGCGAAGAUUCAAAUCUCCACCUCGAGGUUCAGAGACCAAAACCCAACCGCAUGUGACAUGCCUAAAACUAAAUAUGGUCAUAAUGACAUCACAUGAUAACCAUAUAUAGGCACAUCAUGAUUAUAUGAGCAUUCUACAGUCUAGACGGGGCUUUGGCGUUAUAAUACAUCCUGUAGUUUCAACUGCGCAUGAACAUCUUCGUAGCAUCAACUGCACAUGAAUAUCGAAGGUCAAUGCAUAUGAACAAUUGUACAACUGUUUUCUGCAUUUUUGUGUUAUUAAACACUUUUAAGUGUUUAGUGUUCGGUUACUCAAAUGUUGUACUUUUGAGUAACCAAACACUGCCACCAAUCUUCAAUGACCGUUGAUUAUCGAAACUAAAAAAUCGGAAUAUAGGGAUUAUUAAGUAACCGAUUCUUACAGAUUUAAAAUAAGUGGUAUAGACAUAUUUUAGCACCGCAAUAAUUGGUAAUAAACGCCGCUUUUGAAUACGCACCGUUCUUUGAAUAAGUGCAACACUAAAGCCUCAGAAAAAAAAAUACCAUUAAUGUAUUGCCUUAUAAAACUUACUUUAACAUUUACGGUAGAGGCCUACAUUGUAGCCUUCCAAGUUGCAACGUUUCUCAGAAAUAUGCUUUUGCUUUAUCAUAGUAAUUAUCCAGAUAGUAUUCCACAAUUCAGUUUUAUAUUUUUUCUGUAAUCAUCGAGUUUCUGUACAUCCUAGUCUUGCAUUGCUAGUUGCAACGUUUCUGGAAAAUAUACCUUUAAUUUUGCAGAUGCCAGGUCUAUUUCACUGUUCAGUUUCGUAUUUUCCUGUUAAUCAUUAAGAUUCUUGCCAUUAUUGGAACUUUUAGAAAAAGCCAUCACAUUUAAAGUUUAUAUAAUGUUCUGCCUCUGUUGAAAUGUAAUGCGUCAACCAAAUUGAUUGGCACUGGUUAAAUCGGAAGUGUGUGAAAUCUAUCUCGCUGUACCGUUUCUUGAAAAUAUACUUGCUCUGUUAUUUUCCAGAUAAUUAUACCUAAUACCGUAGCCUAUAUUAACGGUAUAAUAUUUUCCAUUUAAAUUACUGUAGCUUUUUUACAUUGUUUAAAUAACUUUACACAUUCAAAGCUAGGAAAUCAUCCUAUUUGAAAUAGAUACAGCUGAAGUACUUUUAUUUGUAUGUUAUAUGAAUUCAACUAUAUAGCGGAUGGCUUAACACUCUACGAUGUUAUCGUGAACUGUUGUUAAAUACACCAUUUGGGUGUCUUUAUGAUUGUAGAUGGACGCUCUAGGCACUCUGCGAUUUGGGCUUUCAAUCGAGAGGUCGACGAUAAGGUUGUUACUGACGCUUGUCAGUAACCUUACUCGUGUUCCGCGUUUGCCACUUUUCCUCCAGGAGUUUAAAUGGGUAUCUGAUCUGGUUUUGAAUGAUCUUGAAACAAAUUGGUAGUGAUAUUACUUGCAUUUUCCCCCAGGGAGCAGAGAGAGAUUACACAUUAAGCAUAAAUGUUUCUGUAUCCAAUGACCAUAGGGGAGAAGUUAUCUAGAGCAGUUCUUGAAUUGUUUAUGGCGCUGAAUAAAUUUCAUAUACAGUAAAUACAAUUUAAAAAUAAAAAUGGAUAGGGCAUCAGAAUUUUACAACUCUGUAAUUAAAACUCAAUUACCUGCUUUAGUUAUUUUAAGAGCAGUACAUUAAAUUGUCUUUGUUCUUGUUUGAUAACUAA